AAAAAGAAAAGGAAAAUUAAGAAUAAUACAGACUUUCUUUCUCCACCCAAGUUGUAUCUAUACCACUUACUUCUUCUACGCUAUGACUCCUUCACUCCCCCCCUUAUCUUCUCUCCCAACCCUCCCCCAAUCUCAACAAUUCCAAGUCCUCGACACCCUUUUCGAAUCCUCACCAGAGCUCCACACCCUACUGGCUCUAGUACUAUCCAGCCAAACCUUCCCUUCAUAUACAGGGUUCAUUGAUGCCGUGGGCAGCCGUAUGUCUGCCCUCUCCGCUGCGAACUCACCAACGGAUAAAGCAAUCCUUGUGGGAAUCCUAGGAUCGCAUCCGCGGCUGGGACAGCCCAAAACAAAGGCCGCAGAGCAUCUGAGCGAACUGAGUAAAAAGGAGCAAGCGAAUUUAAACACUGGGGCUGAGGAACAGGCCGAGAAGCUGCGGGUGCUGAAUGCGGAAUAUGAAGAGAAGUUUCCAGGGUUGAGAUUUGUAACGUUCGUCAAUGGUCGGAGCAGGGAUGUGAUACUGGUGGAGAUGCGUCAGAGGAUUGACCGGGGGGAUGUUGAACGAGAGGUCGAAGAGACUAUUCAGGCAAUGUGUGAUAUUGCCAAAGAUAGGGCACGGAACCUCGAGCAAACGUCCAGAAUAUAACUAGAGAUACACGCUAGCAUUAUAAAGAGAAUAUUCACAUUAAU